ACUGAGCUCCUAGUAUUCCCCCCUGCCCAUGCCCCCUCCACUGACUUCACCAUAAAUAUCCAUAACACAAUCAUUAGUCCAUCCCCUCAUGCCAGGGUACUAGGUGUAAUCCUAGACUCCCAUCUGUCCUUCCAGCCCCAGAUCUACGUUCUGUAUCUGCCACCCCUCUCUGCAAAUCCCUCCACUGGCCUCCACUCGGUGUCCUCCAUCCCUCUCUGCCAAUCCCUCCACUGGCCUCCACUCAGUGUCCUCCACCCCUCUCUGCCAAUCCCUCCACUGGCCUCCACUCGGUGUCCUCCAUCCCUCUCUGCCAAUCCCUCCACUGGCCUCCACUCAGUGUCUGCCACCCCUCUCUGCCAAUCCCUCCACUGGCCUCCACUCAGUGUCCUCCAUCCCUCUCUGCCAAUCCCUCCACUGCCCUCCACUCGGUGUCCUCCAUCCCUCUCUGCCAAUCCCUCCACUGCCCUCCACUCGGUGUCCUCCACCCCUCUCUGCCAAUCCCUCCACUGGCUCCCAGUUGCCCAACGGAUAAAAUUCAAAACACUAACUAUGACAUACAAAGCCUUCCACAACACUGCCCCAAAUUACAUCACCAAACUUAUCUCUAAAUAUCACCCAAACCGUACACUCCGCUCCUUGCGAGACCUCCUACUCUCUAGCUCCCUUAUCUCCUCCUCCCAUGCUCGUCUCCAAGACUUCUCCAGGGCAUCACCCAUCCUCUGGAACUCCUUACCCCAAUCUAUCAGACUAUCACCUACUCUACUUACCUUUAAGCGAUCAUUGAAAACCUAUCUCUUUAGGGAAGCCUAUCCUGCCCUCUGCUAAUACUGGAAUCCUCUACUCUUUCAACCACUCCAUCCCC